ACCAGUUCAAAUGGCAGGUAAUAAAGUUAUGCCUUCCCCCACAACAACCUUCAGUUGAAGUUCAACCACGUCCGGACGUACUACUUAAACCCGAAAACCGCAGUUUCCCGUAAAGUGAAGGAAUAUUCAAAAAAAUAAAUAACAAUGAAUCUUCGGUGGUUAUUUUUGGUGGCAUGUUUCGGUUGCAUCUUUCACGCAUCACACGGAUCGAUCAUCAACAGGGCGAUCGAAGCCCAAAAGGCUCUUAUAGAACGUGAGGAAGCCUUUGUGGAGGAGACUCGAAAUGCGAUCCGGGACCGAACCGAUCGAGCGAUGGAGUCCGCCAGACAGCUCCUGCUGAGUACGGCUGAGCGGAUGAUCCAAAUUGCGACCUAUCCGAUCCGGUACGGAGGUCAACUCGCUGGCCAAUCGAGGCAACUGUUGAGCAGCGCACGGGAGCGGCUACUCUCGUUUAAUCCAGUGGCGUUUUUUACUGAUCCUGGCACAUCUACCGAAGCUGUUAUUAUCCAUCAGGAGGAAGACGACAUGCCGUAUUUGGAAAAAAUGGAGAUGCGAAUGGCAGCCAUGCCCAAGAGAAAGCCAGAGGAUGUGGCUUUCGAUGCACCGGCCUUAGAGAUGCUAUCGAAUGAUGUUCACGGUGACGAAAAAGUGGCUGUUAGUAAUGAUUGAAGAGUUUAGGAAAAAAAUACAUGAAUUGACG